GACUCCCGGGUCCGCUCGCCGGCUGGGGUUGGGGGCUGCAGCCGGGGUGGACCCGGUCGGCGCCGAGGGCGGCCCCGGGCGUUGCUAUGAGGGCAUCGCGGCGCGCGUGAGGAGGAUGCGGCAGGAGGCGGCGCGGCGGCAGGCGGAGUAAGCGGUGGUGCCCUCGGGAGGGAGCCGCUCGCGGGCCAGACGGCUCCCGGAGGCUCCGCAGUGCCGCCGCCGUUGCCGUCGCCCGGGAGGCUCCGCGCGGGAGCCAUGUAACCCUGCGGCGGAUUCCGGGCUGCUCCGUCCUUCCCCAGCUCCCGGGCGAGCGCGGUAGCGGGGCCACGAUGAAGAAGCAGUUCAAUCGCAUGCGCCAGCUGGCCAACCAGACGGUGGGCAGGGCAGAAAAGACGGAAGUCCUGAGUGAAGACCUUCUUCAGGUGGAGAAGCGCCUGGAGCUGGUGAAGCAAGUGUCCCACAGCACACACAAGAAGCUCACGGCCUGUCUGCAGGGCCAGCAGGGGGCCGAGGCCGACAAGCGCUCUAAAAAGUUGCCUUUGACGACCCUGGCUCAGUGUUUGAUGGAAGGGUCAGCUAUCCUGGGAGAUGAUACACUUCUUGGGAAGAUGCUGAAACUCUGUGGAGAGACAGAGGACAAGCUGGCUCAGGAGCUGAUACAUUUUGAAUUGCAAGUGGAGAGAGAUGUGAUUGAGCCCCUGUUUCUGCUGGCUGAGGUGGAAAUCCCAAAUAUUCAGAAGCAGAGGAAACAUUUAGCAAAGUUGGUGCUGGACAUGGAUUCCUCACGAACCAGGUGGCAGCAGACUUCCAAGUCUUCAGGUCUGUCCAGCAGCUUACAGCCUGCGGGUGCCAAAGCCGAUGCCCUCAGGGAAGAGAUGGAGGAGGCUGCCAACAGAGUGGAGAUUUGCAGGGACCAACUCUCCGCUGACAUGUACAGUUUUGUGGCCAAAGAAAUCGACUAUGCAAACUACUUUCAAACGCUAAUAGAAGUGCAAGCUGAAUACCACAGGAAGUCACUGACACUGUUGCAGGCUGUAUUGCCUCAAAUAAAAGCACAACAAGAGGCCUGGGUUGAGAAACCCUCCUUUGGGAAGCCGCUGGAGGAGCAUCUCACCAUCAGUGGCCGAGAGAUCGCCUUCCCCAUCGAGGCGUGUGUGACCAUGCUGCUGGAGUGUGGGAUGCAGGAGGAGGGACUCUUCCGAGUAGCUCCCUCUGCCUCCAAGCUGAAGAAGCUGAAAGCCGCGCUGGACUGCUGUGUGGUGGACGUGCAGGAGUACUCUGCAGACCCCCAUGCCAUUGCAGGAGCUUUGAAAUCUUACCUCCGAGAGUUGCCAGAACCACUCAUGACCUUUGAACUCUAUGACGAGUGGAUCCAGGCGUCCAAUAUCCAGGAGCAGGAGAAGAGGCUCCAGGCCCUGUGGAAUGCUUGUGAGAAACUGCCCAAGGCCAAUCAUAACAACAUCCGAUACUUGAUCAAAUUUUUAUCGAAGCUGUCAGAAUAUCAAGAUAUAAACAAGAUGACUCCAAGUAACAUGGCAAUUGUCUUAGGACCCAACCUCCUCUGGCCGCAAGCGGAAGGAAACAUCACUGAGAUGAUGACCACAGUUUCGCUGCAGAUCGUUGGGAUCAUCGAGCCCAUCAUCCAGCACGCAGACUGGUUCUUCCCUGGGGAGAUAGAGUUCAACAUUACAGGCAAUUAUGGGAGUCCGGUGCACGUGAACCAUAAUGCCAACUAUAGUUCAAUGCCCUCCCCAGACAUGGACCCCGCUGACCGGCGCCAGCCCGAGCAGGCCCGCCGGCCCCUCAGUGUCGCCACGGAUAAUAUGAUGCUGGAGUUUUACAAAAAGGAUGGCCUUAGGAAAAUCCAAAGCAUGGGUGUGAGGGUCAUGGAUACAUCUUGGGUGGCUCGAAGAGGCUCCUCAGCUGGUCGGAAAGCAUCCUGCGCCCCGCCCUCCAUGCAGCCUCCCGCCCCGCCCGCAGAGCUUGCUGCGCCUCUGCCAUCGCCCCUACCGGAGCAGGUGCCCGACAGUCCCGCAGCUCCUGCGCUCUCUCCAUCCGGCGUGGGCCUGCAGCCCGUGCCUGAGCGCGCCAGCACUGCUAAAAGCAAGGAAUUGUCUCCAGGGUCUGGGCAGAAAGGAAGUCCAGGUUCCAGCCAGGGGACAACCUGUCCAGGGACGCAACCGGGGACUCAGCCGGGUGCCAGCCCCAGCCAGCCACCUGCAGACCAGAGUCCCCACACCCUCCGGAAAGUUUCAAAGAAGCUGGCACCAAUUCCACCUAAGGUCCCCUUUGGCCAGCCAGGGUCUGUGACUGACCAGUCCGCUGGCCAGCCGUCCCCCGUCAGCCUGUCUCCUACUCCACCAAGCACCCCGUCGCCCUACGGACUUAGCUACCCACCGGGGUACUCCUUGGCCUCAGGCCAGCUCUCCCCGGCUGCAGCUCCUCCCCUGGCCUCUCCUUCUGUCUUUACAAGCACUUUAGCCAAAUCGCGACCCACCCCUAAGCCCCGACAGAGACCCACUCUGCCACCUCCUCAGCCUCCCACGGUCAGCCUCUCUGCCUCGAGCCCACAGUCCACGGAGCACCCCAUGCUGGAUGGCAUGUCCCCUGGGGAAAGCAUGUCUACAGCUGUGUGACAUGGGUGACGCAGUGUUGGAUACGUGUGAGGGGGAUUUUCAGGAUCUUGUCCACUUUGAUAUCCCCUCCAUCCACAUAGAGCUGGGAUCGACACUCCGCCUGAGCCCCCUGGAGCACGCAAGGCGACACUCAGUGACAGACAAGAGGGACUCGGAGGAGGAAUCUGAGAGCACCGCCCUCUGACACAGCACCCUGCCCCCAACACGCGUGUACAUAACAUAACAUGGGCCCCGGAGACACGCCGCCAGGAGCAGCGUCCCUGAGCUCAACAAGUAUCCUCUGUUGGCUCUUUCCUGUCACCUCCAACGUGAGGUUGGAGUUCGGCAGAAAACUGCAAUCUCUGGUCCAUGUGGGGAAUGUCGGUGGUGCAGAUUUUGUUUGUUCCUUAUGGGUGGUGACUUCGGCCAUUUGUUUGACCUUUGCCUUUUGACUUUGUGCCUAUUUUGAUCCAUUUUCAGCCUCCAUGACAAGUAGUACCCACCUCUCCACCCAAGGGCCUGCUUGUCAGAAUUGUCCUUUGGGGUGGGGGGUGUGAAAGAGGGUUGUUACCUGGUUACACACGAGGGCCACUGCCUUGACUGUGGACUGGGACAGGCAAUGUCAGGUCCUGGAAUAUCAGUGUAUUAGCCAGAAGGGAAGCAGGACAGGAGGGGGACUUUUCACUCAGACCUGGACUAGGGCUGGAAUUCCUGAAGUCCUGGUCACUGACCUUUGCUUGAUGCCCAGGGAAGGGCCGGCCYGUGCAACACCUUUAGGCUACCCUUCAUCAGAGGGCUCCAAAAUAAUGGCUUAUAACAUUUGCUACCUAAAUUUCUGUCCCCCCUCAUGACUGAAAGUUCUUUACUCCUAUCAUUUUAUACUUCUGAAUUUAAAAGAGGAUCUUGACCAUGUCUGGAGAGUCCGUGGUAGCUCCCCAUCCCCCUGAAACCCAUUAAGUCUGUCAGUCAUUUAUUUGGCCCCUCUAGGCAUCCAGCUCACUAGAAUGUGGGGUCCUGGAGCUGGUCUCUAAAUCUGGAGGUUACAGCUGAAUAGCAAUAAUCCUGUUUACCCAGAGCAGGUCGAGGAGAGUAAAACCAGCCUGCAGAGACGCUGGUCCACGCGGUGGUGGGCCCGCUUUGCUCACCAGCAUCCCCUGCGCAUCCCUUCUCAUGAAGUCCCAUCCAGUUCUGGGGAGGAGGGUCGGGAGGCACUGGGAAGCCUGUUUGCACUUUGGAUUAAGAGAGUGAGAAACAGAUCUGGGCCAUGCAUGCAGUUGAAGUUUCAAAUUUUAUCCUUUUAAAAUAGAUAUAAUAUACCUAUACAUGAUAUAAUAUUUGUAUAUAUAAAAUCUAUAUUUGUUUAAUUUGAGCCAUUCAAUCAAAACUGAUGUACAGGUGUACAAUGAAAAAAUUUAAAUGCUUAGUUAUUUUUCCCAACAGUGUAAAGUCACCCUUCUCUGAGAGUGGGAUUUGCGGACUUUUGAUGUUACAGCUUUGCUCACUUCCUGGCAAGGGCAGUUCAACCCCCAGUUUGUAAUGGAGCCCGGGAGUUGAAAGUUCUCUUUAAAUACAUGUACAAAUUGUUGUCAAAAGUAAUGUUAUUAAAAUAGAUUUAUUAUCCCUGAG